CUGUGUUGAUGUCUGUGUCCUAAUUACCGUCUUUAACUCUGGUGUCCUCACCGCUGUGUGUGUGUGUGUGUGUGUGUGUGUGUGUGUGUGUGUGUGUGUGUGUGUGUGCACGUUGACUAGUGUGGUUCCUCAGAGCCUCUCUGCUCAUCCUCCAUGACGCCCUCCAAGAAAUGAUGUGUUUAACCUCAUUAACCUGCAGGAGCAUCUAUUACAAUGGAGGACCCCGACCCGUGUGACACACACACACUCACACACACACACACACACACAGACUCACACACACAGACUCACACACACAGACUCUCUGUGGGCCGUAUUGAUGACUCCUCCUUCUCUGCUGCGUUUGCAUAAUGUUAACGGGUUGUGAUGAAGAUGAAGAGUGAUGAAGACGAGGCCGAACUGCGUCCCUUCCUCUUCCUCACGUCCACAGGGACAGGCUGCUGUGUCUCCUCCUCCUCGCUCCUCUCCUCCUCGUCUCCUCCUCAUUGAGACGUGUCCUCCUCUGUCUCCAGGGUCGGAGCCCGCCACGGCGACGCUUCCUGCCUCCUUCUCCGACCUGCUGCCUCACUUCCUGCUGGAGCCGGAGGACGAGUUCCUGGUGAAGAACACGCCGGUGGCGCUGCGCUGCCGCUCCACGCCGGCCACGCAGAUCUACUUCAAGUGCAACGGGGAGUGGGUCCACCAGGACGACCACCUGGUCGAGAGGACGGUCGACCCCGCCACAGCGCUGCCCAUCAUGCAGGUGACCAUCGACAUCACGCGGCAGCAGGUGGAGAAGAUCUUCGGCCUGGACGAGUUCUGGUGCCAGUGCGUCGCCUGGAGCACCACGGGGACCCAGAAGAGCCAGAAGGCCUACAUCCGGAUCGCCUACCUGAGGAAGAACUUUGAGGAGGAGCCGCAGGGUCAAGAGGUCGCGUUGGCCCAGGAGGUGCUGCUGCGCUGCCAUCCCCCCGAGGGAGUGCCACAAGCUGAGGUCGAGUGGCAGAGAAACGAGGAUGUGAUCAAGCCAGCGAGUGACCCCAAUUUUUUCAUCACACCUGACUACAAUCUUGUCAUCAAAAAAUCCCGGCUGGCGGACACGGGCAAUUACACGUGUGUGGCCAAGAACAUCGUCGCUCGCCGGAAAAGCACCUCAGCCACGGUCCUCAUCUACGUGGACGGAGGCUGGAGCCCGUGGAGCCCGUGGUCGGCGUGCGGUGCCGACUGCUCCGUGUGGAGGAGCCGGGCGUGCAGCCAGCCGGCUCCCGGCUCCGGGGGCCGAGGCUGCCAGGGUCUGGACCUCCAGGCCCUCAACUGCAGCAGUGAGCAGUGCCCACAGACCGUGGGCGGCGCCGAGGACGUGGCGCUCUACGUGGGCGUGGUGGCGGUGGCCCUGUGUCUGACGCUGCUGCUCAUCGUGGUGGUCCUGGUCUACCGCCGCAGGAAGGAGGAGCUGGACGCCGACGUGGCCGACGCCUCCAUCCUCACCGCCGGCUUCCAGCCCAUGGGCAUCAAGCCCAGUAAGCCAGAGAACUCUCACUUGCUGACCAUCCAGCCCGACCUCACCACGACCACCACCAGCUACCAGGGCACGCUGCGCUCGCGCCUCGACCCGGCGGGGAACUUCUCCCUGGGCGCCGGGCCUCUGCUGGACCCGCUGCCCCACAACGCGCUGCACGGCGGCGCCACGCUGAGCUCGGACGCCGCCGACUACGUGAGCCGGCUGAACACGCAGAGCUACUUCAAGACGCUGACCCGCGACGUGGCCAACACCUCCUUCGGGACCUUCAACUUCCUGGGAGGCCGGCUCACCAUCCCCAGCACAGGAGUCAGUCUGCUCAUCCCGCCUCUGGCCAUCCCCCGAGGGAAGAUCUACGAGAUCUACCUCACCAUUCAGAGGAAGGAGGAUCUCAGGUUGCCCCUGGCCGGCUGCCAGACGCUGCUCAGCCCGGUGGUGAGCUGCGGCCCCCCCGGCGUGGUCCUGAGCCGGCCCGUGAUCCUCAGCAUGGACCACUGCUCUGACGCCUGCCUGGACAACUGGGCCAUCCGCCUCAAGAAGCAGAACUACGAGGGCGCCUGGGAGGACGUGCUGCUGAUGGGGGAGGAGCUCGUGUCGGAGCCCUACUACUGCCAGCUGGAGGCCGAGACGUGCCGGCUCUUCUCGGAGCGGCUGGGCACGCUGGCCCUGGUGGGCGAGUCGCUGCACAUGGGCGCCGCCAAGCGCCUGAGGCUGGUGCUGUUCUCCGACGCGCACUGCUCCACGCUGGAGUACAACAUCCGGGUCUACUGCAUGGACGACACGCGGGACGUGUUCAAGGAGGUGAUGCAGAUGGAGCGGCAGCUCGGGGGUCGUCUGAUCGACGAGCCCCACGUCCUGCUCUUCAAAGACAGCUACCACAACCUGCGCCUGUCCAUCCACGACAUGCCUCAGGCGCACUGGAGGAGCAAGCUGCUGGCCGGCUACCAGGAGAUCCCGUUCUACCACAUCUGGAACGGUUCCCAGCGGUACCUGCACUGCACCUUCACCCUGGAGCGGCUCAGCCUCAGCACCUGUGAGCUCAGCUGCCAGCUGUGCGUGUGGCAGGUGGAAGGGGAAGGACAGAGCUUCGGCCUGGACUUCAACAUCGCCAAGGACAACCGGGCCGUGGACUCUGAGUUCCUGCUGAUGGACGGCGCCGCCGCCGCGCUGGCCGGGCCGAGCGCCUUCCAGAUCCCGUACCUCAUCCGGCAGAAGAUCUGCAGCAGCCUCGACACGCCGUGCCCCAACGGCGCCGACUGGAGGAUGCUGGCCCAGAGGCUGAAGCUGGAGAGACACAUGAGCUUCUUUGCGUCCCGGGCCAGCCCCACCUCGCUGAUCCUGGACCUGUGGGAGGCGCAGCACUUCUACAGCGGCAACAUCAACCAGCUGGCCGCCGUCAUGGCCGACAUCGGCAAGCAGGAGGCCAUGAUCUUCCUGGUGUCGGACGGGGAGUGCUAACCCCGAACGGGGGGGACCGGUACACAACCACCACUACACACACACACAAUGGAAGAGCAGCGCCGACCCUCGUCUUCACUCGUCUUCACUCCAGAGGCUUCACGACUCCAGACUCUGGAAAGGAGCUUUUGACGUUUUGGGGAAUCGUGUUGGUGAAGUAGAGAAAUUCCCGUUAUCCAUAAAGAAGUUGAAUUCGUCCGCCCCGGUUUUGCUUUAACUUCAUGGCUUUUGUAUAAAUCGUCCAUUUCCGGCUAACGAGCAGCAAUAUGCAAACGAAGCUGUCACUGACGGCCACCAGGGGGCGGCGAGGAGGGACUUUUUUACUUGGAUUAAAAAUGAAAUAUUCAUGGAUGUGACACACGGCGCCGGUCAUUACAGGUUUCAGACAUUAUGCAAGUGGCAGGCUCGUUAGUUAUGACAUCAUCUCCGAUGUUCUCAUCAAGGUCAUCGGGGUCAUCAAGCUCAUCGGGGGUAUCAAGGUCAUGAGGGUCAUCAAGGAUCAUCAAGGUUAACAAAGUCAUGAAGGUCAUCAGGGUCAUGAGGGUCAUGAAGGUCACCAGGGUCAUCAAGGUCAUAAAGGUCGUGAACGUACCCCAAACCCACUGAGACCACAUAGGUCCAGGUUUGAUUUGUGUCUUGAUCCCUUACAGACCACAUCCUGGUCUAGAUUGUCGUCCUCAUCCUGGUCUAGAUUGUAGUCCUCAUCCUGGUCUAGAUUGUAGUCCUCAUCCUGGUCUAGAUUGUAGUCCUCAUCCUAGUCUAGAUUGUCGUCCUCAUCCUGGUCUAGAUUGUAGUCCUCAUCCUGGUCUAGAUUGUAGUCCUCAUCCUG